GUCCAUAUUCUCGACCGGGACAGGACUCAGGAACACAGUCAGCAGUGAAAGUGAGAAUUAACUCUGCAAACUGGGAUAUUUCUCAUCGUGGGAUCUGAUGAGUAAACAUAAACGCAUAUGAAGAGUAGCAGGAUGGAUGUGGAGACUCUCAGUAAAGCUGAACUUCUUAUGCUGCUCAGCAUUCUGGAAGGAGAACUGGAAGCACAGGAUGUAGUCAUACACACACUCAGGGCACAACAGAGAGAUGCAUUUGUACAGGAGCGAUACGGACAGUACGACCUCCGUGACCCGUUCGUAGCGCUGCUGAGGGACAGCGAGCUAUCACAGGCUCAGGAUGAUGAAGGGCAGGGUCCCGUGUGUCUGAACCCAUUGGGCGUGUUGAGGCUGGUUAUGGCCCACUGCACCAACAUGAAGGAGAAAAUGAUGAAACAGCUUGCUGCUGCAGAAAGGCGACACAGACGGGUCAUAGCUGAUUUAGAGGAAGAGAAAAGACGCCGUGUUCAAGAUGCUGCCGUAGGUGAUGACAUCACAUCCAUGCUGGAGAAGGAACGAGAUGGACUACUGCAACAGCUAGAUGUAGAAAGGGCUCAUGUCGAACGCUUGGAGCGUGAGCGGUCAGUCCUGUCGAAUCAGGCUGAGGAAGAUUUAGCACAGCAACAGCAGUUAUCUACUACACUGACAAAAGAAUGUCAGAAGGCUAAAGCAUGGGCAGAGGAGGAGAGCCAACGUGUUGCAGAGCUCAGCCGUGAGCUAGAAAAGGAGCGCAAUACCUACGACUCCCUGAAGGGGGAGCUGGAAAGUGAACGCACUCGUGCUCAGCAGAUAGCGGCGAGAGCUGAAAGAGAGCUGGCUGAAUUUGAUACAGAGCGUGAGCAGAUGAGAGGGAAACUACACAAGGAAGAAAAACUAUAUCAAGAGCUACAGGAGCAGAUGAAUAGUCUCAGGAAAGAGUUGGAUGAAAUAAAAGAAAGGGAAAAAGCAGGGAGGGAAAAAGUUGAUGAAGAAAAGGUAAAAAUGCCACUAAAAACCCCUCUUAGUCAUACAGAAAUGGAUGGCAAAACCGUUGGGUCAAAAUCAUCGCCACAACCCAAACUAAAUGGUCACCACACCUCCAGGGAAGUGGAGUCCCCAGUAGAGGAUCGGUGUAAGGAAGGGGGAUUGGUGGACAAUGGGGUGGGGCUCCCUGGAGGAGGCGGAGCCAUGCUGUGUCUUUCUCCCAGCAGUCCCGCCUCAUCCUCCCUUAGCUCAUCUCCAUGCUCUUCCCCUGUCCUGACCAAGCGUCUGUCUUCUCUGGGUUGCUCUAGCCCAACCUACCCUUCCCCCUACCAGGCUGGUAUCAACCAAAGAUUCCAAGCUGCACGCCACAAGUUUCAGCAACAAGCAGAGGCAGAUCAGCACCAACACGUAGGAAGUGUUGUUCACUCACCACGGGACCUCUCCCCUACUGCAGCCCCACCUACUCCUCCAGACAAUUCUACUGCAAAGCAGAUCGCCCGCAACACUGUCACUCAGGUGCUGUCCCGAUUCACGAGCCAGCAAGCGACGGGUAAACUCCCUCCGGCCAAUAGCUCACCCUUUGGCACUGAUUACCGCAGCCUGACUGCCACCUCAUCACCGACAGGGAAAACUCCUGGGGUUCUCUCACCUGGGAUCCGCUCGCCAAUCAUUCCUAGGUCAGAGAAGACUUAUCCACCCCCUGUUCCUCCCAAAAAGCAAGGGGUCAAUCAGUCUCCUGGAUCUCCUGUGCCCUCCAGCAGGGCCAGCCAUUUCCCUGAGCUUACUGGGAGCUGCGGUCUUACCAGCGAUCAGGAGGAGACUAAGGAGCUUGACGUGGUCAUGUCUUCAUCUAGUUAACCAAUCUGGAGCCCACAGCCAGAAUGCAUUCCAUUCCCUCCAAUGGCAUAUUUAGCACUCUCUGAAAACCUCAAAGAACCUUCAUUCAUGCUUUUCCUUACCCUAAAUGUCUAGUUCAGGGGUUUUUAAUCAUGUUCCUGGGUUACACUGGCACUGAACAAUUUGUAUGUCUCCCUUACUGAACAGACCCGAUUUAACUUAUCAGCUCAAAAGUUGAGGCAAUAAGAUUUAAACUGGGUGUGUCAGUGAAGGAAGACAUUCAAUAUGUGCAGUGCUGGGGAACUCCUUGACCAGGAUUGAAGGCUGGACUUGUCAAGUGUACAAAUUGGUUUUCCUCACUUUAUCCUUUCUGGACUUGCCUUUUAAGACCAAAGUAUACUUUGGUUUUCCAUGUGCUGUAAAUUUCAUCAACAGUACAGUAGGUCAGUGUUGCCAUGUCCGAUAUCAUAAGCGACAUUUGGCUUGUUUUUUCAUGAAUACACUUAAAAAUAUGGGCAGAAUGUGUUUUUGGGGGGCUUAUUUCCAGAAUACACACAUUUUUGGGCUUGCUUGUAGACAGGGUUGCUUAUUUCUCUUGCGAGAUCUGGCAAAACACAGCAUGUAGCCAUGUUUUUCUAUACAUGUGCAGUUUGCAUCUGCACACGACAUCUGCACAUGCGCUUUUCGUUGACUAGCAGACAAAGCAGUCUGAGUGUGCAUGUGUCGAAUGAGUCUGGAUGGGUUCGUGGUCAAAAGAGUAUACUUUGAAAGGCUGAGUGCUCAACCAUCCAUGAGACAGAACAGCACACGGAAAAAUUAAGUAUACCCUAGCCUUAGAUGCUGUCCAAGAUAAUGCACUAUUUUUGAGGCCCCACUGAAAACAUUUGGGAUCCCAGGAAAAGCCUCAAUCUGAACCAGCCCAACCAUGAAAAAAUGGGAGAGGCAACUAUGGCUCAGACCUGAUCAACUUUGUCAAAUGCUACUCAUAUAAUAUUGAAUUUAUUUAUAUAUUCUUUUAAUCAUUUUAAAUAUUUUAUUAUACUGUUUUUAUUUUUUACAGAAAAGAUUAUUUAUCCUAAAAUGUUAUUCCUUGCUAGGCCAUUCCUAAUGUGAGAUGACCUGCACAAAGGAAAGUAUAUAAGCAAAAAUUAUGUUAUGAAGUUGAAAGCAAAUACUGAUCAACCAAGUCAUCCUCCAAUUAAUCAGUCCAUCUUAGGCUACUAAUGAGAACCAAACUGUCUUUAUCUGUUUGGUGAAUGUCUGACGUUUAUAUUCUGUUUAUGGUAAAUAUAUAAUAUAUACAUUAUACAGCUGUGGUUUUCUGUCUAGCAGUCUUAGUCUUGAUGUUAAGUUGCUGUUCAUUUUGCUGUCCAUAUAUUGAAAUUAACUUUAGAAGAGACUUUUUAAGGGACUGGCAAGAAACUGAUAUGGAAAACCUGUCUCCUAUUGCAUUAUACAAUGAUUACAUCACCCUCUAGUGUCUUUGAUAAGAAGUGCUGCUCAGGAAGCUGCCACCUAGUGUUCAGGCAGCAUUAAACGUCUGCCAAACCAUAAUACCUUCUCUGUAAAUGAAGAUUAAAGAAAAUGCAUUUGUUUUUUAUGCUAACUACACAGACUUUCAACCAUGGAUUCAAUUGUUGUAAUCAUUUAGAAUCAGAUCGGUCUGAGGGCCAAAACACUGCGAUUCUGGAUUUAUUUAUACAUGCCAUUAUGUAUUUCUGCAUGUAAGACUGUUCUUGAUAUAUUUUGUUUAUACCGGACAGCCUUAUAUUUUAAAUUCAACUGUAACUAGAUAUUAGGUAGAACUUAGGUAGAGCUCCAGUUUACAUGAUUUACAACCAUGGUUUGAAAGUUAUGCCAUCAUUUAAUGUUACCCUGAAAAUGUAAUCUCUUACCAUUGUCCUUUUUUCAAGUCUUUUUACUUGAUACUAGUUGUAUGACAAUAUUAUUUAAAUGUUAAAGUCCUGCUGUCAUUAAGGUAUUGCUCACAUGAAUACAUUAGUCUUUACCUGCUUAUAAGAGAUCAAAGUAUGUUGGGUUUUAAUGAGAAAAUGCGUCCAUAAAACUCAUUUCAUUUUAUCUGAAUUGAAAUACCUCACUGUUUCUCCUACUGCACUGCAACCUUUUUAAGCAGCAGUUAAGAUUUCUACUGUAUCCUUUUUUUUAUGUAAAACAAAAAAAUUUAACCAAUACUUGGAUAAAUACAUGUGACAUGCAGGACCACUGUCAUUUUUAAACAGUCUGCUUAUCUAGUUGUAUGACAAACAAAUGGUUAAAUUAGUUGUAUUUUUCUGAUGCCUUUACUGCAAUAAAUUAGUGAAGUUGUAUUUAUGACAGCAAAUGUUUUUUGUUUUAAGGUUUUCAUUGUUUUCUCUUAAAGUGCUUUUGAUUGUUAUUGCACUAUUGUUUUUGUAUUCCUCACCCUAAGAAUACCACUACAAACAUUAGAGGAAGAGACAUACUGCACUACCGCGCUCAACACUUGUUUGACACCAGGAAAUUGAUGUUAUAAGUCACUGAUCUUAUAAAGCAUAAACAAAUCUGAAGUGUAAAUCUGCACAAUUCACAAAGCAAAAAAACUAAAACACACAAUUAAGGCUCAAAAAGAAGUUGUUUUGGCACCAGUUAUUCAUUCACUGUGAAUGUUUUAAAAUCUGAAAAAAAUAAAGUCAAGUUACGAGAGACAGAGAUUAUGCCAGUAUUACAUGAUGGAUUUAGUAGGGGUGUAUUUUACAGAGGAUUUUUGAUGGAACAGUAAGACAAACAAGUCUAAUGUGACUGGUGUGAAAACAGUGUGAACUGCAGAAACAUACAUCAGAAACACUGACUGACCCCUCAGCCUCUGAACGAAAAAGGGGGUGAAGGUAAACUUAAAAUCACC